UUUUUUUUUUUAUUGUCCGCAUGUUAUUUUUUUUUCUUUCUUCCCUGGUUUGACUUUUUUUUUUCUUUCUUUCUUUCUUUCUUUCUUUCUUUACCCCUUCCAUUCUCUAUAAUCUUAUUGAUUCUUUAUAUAUAGUCUUUUUCCUCUUUUUUUCUUUUUUCCUUCUCUUUAUAUCUACUUGUUCUUUUUGACUUCUUCCUUCAACAUACUGAGGCAUCGCAGUAUGUCAGCAUGGAGAACGACGGCAACACUCUUCUCAAUGAAUCAUCAAUUGUAGCAACAACCAAGUCUCGAAAACAAAGACAACGACAACAACAGCAAACUGGUGGUUCAUCUGAAAAACGACCUAAAGCCAAUCACGCCUGUGAUUAUUGUAAAAAGAAAAAGCUCAAGUGUAAUGGUGAAAAUCCUUGUGCUCGUUGUCAGAAGCUCUCCAUUGUAUGUACUUAUUUAAAACCUUAUACAAGUUCCGUAGAGCAACGAUUACGUGCUUUAGAGAAGGUGGUGGAUUUCUUAUCAGCUGAACCUAUCGUGGAUCAACGUUGUCGUCAACAAGUGAACAAUAUCCCAAUACCGUUAUUGAAACCAAUAGAAAAAUUUAGUUGCAGCUCAAUAGGACAACCAUAUUAUACCAAUGAUUGGAAUGCACGCCUUGAUCGAAUCCCUGCUACGUUUGACAAGAUGACUACCUUGGACAAUGAACCCAGAAAACCGGAUGCAGCUAUUUUACCAGAUACAUUCAUCAAUCCACACUUACUUUCAGUCUAUUUUACUCAUGUACAUCCUUACUUUCCUAUGAUUCAUCGUGAAUCCUUCCUCUUGCAUCUAUCCGAUACAAGUCCAUUACUAUUGAAGGCCAUGUAUGCUGUUGCUGAACAAUGGGUUGAUAUGGAUCGUGUUUCUACUUUGAUCUCUGAUUCUCCUUUAUCUACAGACCAAGUCUCUCCUGGAUUCAAAUACUAUAAAGAUGCUAUCUCCUUGGUGGAACUUUAUACGGAUGCUCCUCGACUAUCGACAAUUCAAGCACUUUUAUUGAUCAUCAAAUAUCAAGAAUUGGUUCAACGUCCUGGUUUCUUUUUUCGUACUCGACUUUAUUUUGAUUUGGUGGUUCGCAUGUGCAAAGAUCUGGGUCUAUCUCGUCCACUUUCUCCUAAUUGUCAAGUCCAUCCUAUCUUAGCCGAACAAAGAAGACGUAUCUUUUGGACCGCCUAUAUUUAUGAUCUUUUGAUGAGUACGGAACAUGGAACACCUGUUAAUUUUCCAGUAGAUGAAAGCACUGUGGAAUUACCAAAUCUUUUGGAUGAUGAAAAAAACUCAAAGGAACAACAUGAUACAACUCUUUACUUCCAUUGGAUGAUCCUGGUGAUGAAAGGUCAAGGUGCGGUAUUACAGUAUCUACAACGAAAAUAUAAUGGUCGAUCAAGUCAACAACAUCAACAGAGUAUGGAUGAUCACUUGCAACAAUUACAACAGCAUAUGAAAUCUUUAGGAACAGAAUUACAGUUAUGGAAGGAACCUGCUCGUGGUCGGGUCAACUUUUUAUUCUUAGCUUAUCAUUUCAGUAAUAUUUUAUUGUAUCGAUCAAUUGCUUUGGAUCUCAUCUACAACAACGACAGCAAUGUCAAUGGAAAUAUUAUCCCUGUCAGCAAAAAAGAAAUAUUGAAAAUGGAUAAGGAUCAUGUCAAGGAGGUCUUGUUACAGGAAGCCAAUGCUAUUGUCAAUAUAGUGGAAAUGCUACUUCGGGACCAUACGGUGGCUUGUUUACAUUAUUCUUUCCGUGGAAUUCAACAGAUUAUUCAUUAUUUGACUGCAUCUUGGACAGUUCAACUCAUGUAUCAACAAACAAACGAUAACAAGGUGAAGAAAAUGAUACAGCAAUUGAUUACAAGGACUCCCGCCAUUGAACUCCAUAUUACUGAAAAUGCGUCACUACUGAAAGCAGACUCCACACUUAUGAAAUCGACUGGAUCAGAAAUAAGAUCUUCAUCAGGAAAAGCGAAACAAAGAGUUGAACGUCAAGACCAGCCACCAAGAUUCCAACAAAAAUCAUCACAGCCGACGUCGUCACCGUUUUCAUCAUCAUCAGUUUCGUUAGAACAACUUGAUCCAUCGAGUUCUAUACCCAUCGAUCCAAAUAAAAUCCAAACGUUUGGUUAUGCUCCUCCAACCUCUUUACCAACUCAAUUUUUAUUUCAGCAACCUGGGAACUUGCAUCAAACGAAUCAUCUCAAUUUGGACAGUUCAUCUCAACUUCAAUAUGUACCACCAUCGACAUCAUCGCCCAUACCCUCAUCCCAUAUCCGUCAUACAAUACGCCCAUCACUUAUUCUGGAUACCACAAUGCCAUCAACAAUAUAUCAAUCUUCUUCUGAUACUUCACCCAUGAUACCAACUCCUCCUCUUGGAUCAUCUUCUUCGGCUUCAUCCUUAUCAACAAAUGCUUCUAUUAUUGCUGAUACUUCUUCUCCAGGUGGUGCACAACGUUCAUUACGAUUACGACGCUCCCAUCAGCAACUUCGAAACACAUCACAUCAUCGUUUAUCAUUAUCGGGUUCAAAUACCAUGGAUGCAAGAUCUAGUGGAUUAUCUUUACAUCAUCCUUAUAUGACGUCCUCUCAUUCUCCUUCAUCUACAACCUCCUCCAGCACAAAUGCAACUACUACUCUUCGUCAAACACAUCGUCGACACACAGUAUCUUCUAGACCAUCAUCCCCAUCAUCUUUGUCUUUGCCUUCAUCACCAUUACAUCGAAUGACACUAUCAGAUGAUCCUUGGAUUCAGUCACCUCCUAUUAUUAUUCCAUCAGAUCAAUCAUCAUCACCGUCCUAUUAUUGUUCAUCUUCUUUGUCUCCUCAUUCGGUCACAGCUCCUCCAUCUUCUAUCAAUGAACAACAACAACAACAACAACAACAACAACAAAAUCAUCCAUUCUACCAACAUCAGGAACAACAGGAAAUAUAUGGUAUGACUACCUUGGAAGUAUCUUGUUUACCAGGUGCAUCUUUGGGUCUAUCAAUGGAUGAACAUUCAACCAUGGAUUUGUUAUCAAAUCAAACUUCAAUGAUGGGUACAUUAUGGGAUCAAGUACCAACAACAACAUCAUCAGCAAUAUAUUCGCCGUCUACCAUCUUUCCUUCUCAAUUGUAUCAAGACCAACCAUAAGUUAGAUUAUAGUUAGUUCUGUUAUGCAAAAAGUUAUCUUCCUCUUCUUUUUAUUUUUUUUAUUACUUUUGUUUUGUUAUAUUGUUCUUAUCUUGCUUUGAUUUCCUUACGUUAUCCAAUAAAAAAAAAAGUUCCUGUUUACACAAUGUCUUCGACAAUAAUAAUAAAACAUCAAAG